CACUUGGUGCAGCCCGGUCCUGCAGCUCUCGCUUCUGUCCUGCACAUGAUGCAGCUGUUAUAGCUGACAGAAGAGCGCCCACUGCUGCUGGAGUACCCGGAGAGAACCCACGCAUGCACAGGGAGAACAUGCUAACUCUACGCAGAAAGAUCCCAGGCCGGGAAGCGAACCCAGGACCUUCUUGCUGCAAGGCAACAGCUCUAACCACUGCGCCACUGCUCAGCCCAUCAUCACAUCUUAUUGGUCAUAAUUCAUUUGCAGUCGUCGCGCUAUAAAGUGUGAUGCUACAACAGCAAAAUAGUCAAAUAAAAAACAAGAAAACCAAACAAAGUGCUUUAUUUAUCCGGUGUUCAUGUUGAAUUUGGUUUUUAACUUGUUAGCUUCAUCUCUUUAGGUUUUACCUGCAGUGUUUCCUCUGUGGGUACUUACUUAGUUAUUGACAAUGUUAUGAAAUCUAAAAAGCAUUGUGCCCAGGGGCCCCUGCAACGCUGAUCCGGCCCUGCUAUCUACCUGAAAACUUCCUACUGGCCACACUGAGCUUCAGGCAGGAUUAGCUUAUAACCCCCUCAUUAUGCCAGAGUUUAAGAUGAUUUUAAAAAGCCUUUUUAGAAGCUUUUUACCACUUCUACUCAAUAUAAGGGGCUGUUAUGUAUUGUAAACAAAAUGCACAUAAUAAGUGUUUCUAAUAGUAUUUUUUAGAUAGCAAUUUAUAUGAAAUCAAAAUAAAAUUUAAGCUGCAAUUUGCUCUUUAAGUUAUUGAAACACCACAUAAAUGUUUUAGGUCAGAGUAUUUCCCUUUCUAGCGUGCUUGUGGACUGUUGGAGGCCGACAUUGGUCGUGAGACGGCUUAAAAAGCUGCCAAGAGCCGGUCCCACUGGACGGCCACAGACUUACAAAUUACUUUUACGUGAUUGUGUUUACGACGAGGAAUUUGGCUAAGAUGGCCGAAAAUGGUCUGGGCUUAAAGGCAACGAUGGCUCAGGGGUUAGAUGUUCACCCUCUGACCCGUGAGAUCCAGUCAUGAAUCCAGGUGCUCCCCCCGGUAACAAACUGCUGCAAACAUGUUUUUGUUUCUGCUACAGUCAGCUAAUCAGUUCCUCUCCAGCUUCCAGAAACCACCCAGCCAACAUGAAGAAACGUUCCCCAAACGCAAAAGCACCCCUGCCUCCUGGAUCUCCAGCAGUGCCGGACACUCCCGUAGGACCACGACCUGCUGCAGACACCAGAACUCAAGGAACACCAGAUUCUAAAUCGGCAGUGAGACCUGCGACUGGUGCAGAAGCAGGGAAGCCACGCCCAUCAGAGCUUGGUAGCCAGUCACAGCCCAGCAGAACGGUGAACGGUGAAGCUCCCACUGAGCAGCAGCAGCCAUCAGCACACCAGGCUGACCUGACGCCGACACGGAAUGUGGGGCUCAGGUCACGGGGUCAAAGGUCAGAGUACAGUAGACAGUUUGGGUGGAAAAAACCUGCACCUGCUGCUUCGCCACUACUGACUGCUGAACAGGCGCUGUUCUCCAACAACAGAUCAGUCCCUCAAUUUAAGAUACACCCAGUCUCCGUGGAAACAGAAUAUAAGGAGAGUUUCAGGGGACUGGCCCAGCCCACCGGACCACACCCUUGGAAACACGUGGAACAUCAGAGACUCCCACCAUUCCACAAAGAGCUGGCCCACAGCGGGAAGGAGGCGGAGCACACCAAAGACAAACCUCCUCAGGUGUAUAAAAGAUGCAGGACGUUGACAGAAUAUCAGUCCAGCUUUCGUUCUGAUUUCUACAGGAACCCAGAAGGAGGCGGAGCCACUGAUGAUUUCACUCAGCAGGUGAGGGAGCUGAGGCAGCAAGCCCAAUUGUACCGCCGCAGAGCCUGGGGAACUAACUUCUGCAGAAAUCACCUGAGCCAGCUGCUGUCGGAGCACACGGCUGUGUGGGAGCCGACCGACACCACCGACUCCACCCCCCACCUGAAUGAUGACUUUUCACCUGAACCAGACAGCUGCAGCACUUCCUGUGUGGAAGCCCUGGACCUGGCCAGUAACUUCAGUAGGAAAUCAUCUGUUGUUGGUUCUGGAGAAACAAAAGCAUCAACAGCUUCUCCUGGAGAUCAGCAUACUGCCUGGGAGGAAGAACAAGAUGAAGAAAAAGAAAACACAGAUGAAGAGGAGGGAAGGCUACCGACACCGAGGCUGAAAACUAAGCCAGUUCAGAGGACUCAUCAUGAUCUCACCACACCUGCCACAGGGGGCGCUGUGCUAGUUGGAAAACUGAAGAGCACCGAUGAUUUUUCUCCAAACAAACAGCUGAUAUCUGGGACGACUGUUACCAUGACAACAGGAGCAGAGAGGAGCCCUCACAGGCUGACCAAACACAAAGAGGCAUGGUCAGAGAAUAAGGCUACAUACUCUAGUCCCUCCCCUAAACACGAACCAGCCUUUCACCCUCAGUCUAAACCAAUGAGGAUGAAGCAAGCAGCCCCACCCAUCCUGACCUCCUCCCCACAACAUGUCAUCCAGGGCACACUGAGACACCCGGACUUCCAGCACAACGGUGAACUGGGUUUGCGGUUCCUUCCUUUUUCAAGAGGAGGCUGUAGCGCUGACGAAGAUGAUUGUCUCUCAGUGCUGUCGUGGAAGUCAGCAGCUUCCUGCUCGGCAGCAUCCACCAUCUUGGAGCGUGCUCAGAAGAGACGGGAGAGCUUCUGGGGGAAAAGAUGACCUCACCUGUGUAGUUGUUGUUUGACCUCAUUUGUGUGAGAUUAUGUAUUGAGUGUAGUAUUAAGUAGAAUGAUUUAUUUUUGUAGGCGGUAUUUGAUUAAAAAUGUUUUGUUACGUCUGAAGGCACAAAUAAAAACUACAACAGGAAGUGAACUCUGCUUUGCUUUUUAAUGACACAUCUUGUUUGUUUGUUUUUGACCUGGACAUUCCUCCAGAGGUGCCCAAAACUUACUCCAUAGAAGCAUUUCUUUAGGUUUUGGAUUCCAGCAGUUUACAGUUAACAGGAAGAAACCUCCAGAAGAUCCUGGCUCAGUAUAAGCAGCCGUCCACCACGACUCACUUAAAUGUCUAGUUAAAUGCAUAAACCUUCACCUCGGUAUUAUAUUGUCUUUGGUUCUCAGGUUUUCAGUCCAUGCUGUUAUUGGUGUAUAUUUAAAUAAUAAGUAGGGAAACAUCCACACACAUUGGCCUAAGCCUGUCUGUCGAAGUAGUGAGAGAGAUGGUUUCAUAUUGUAUUAUAAUCAUAUCAUUAGCUGUAGUCUUAUCUACAUUAGUUUUAUUGUGUAAUUUCUCAUUUAGACCAAAAUAAAUCCUAAUCGGCUAGUCUGAUGGAUUUCUGGUUUCAGCUGCUUCUGCUGAGGGACGACUACUGCACACUGGAAGCAAAAGCAUCAUGGAACGGUUUACUCAUGACAAUCACUGCACUGCACAGCUUAUCUGCCGUGCUCCUCACUCGCCUCGCAAGAUCACUGGAGGGUUCAAAGAUUACAGUUUGUUUUUGCAAUGCGCCAUUACUCCAAAAAGAAAGAAAUCAUGUUUUGUAUCACUGUUUGAUGUCAUGUGUGAUGUGAUGUUCCUCUCCACCGCCAGGAUUAAAGCCAUGAAAACACACCGCUGCACUUCUGGAACAAUGCUGUGAGUAAAUAAGCCGUCAGGUCACACAUAAGCUUCAUAUAUAUGAAAUAGCAUCGCUGCAAUACUUUUAUUUUGAAAAUUACAGGGGAUUUUACACUGAAACCGUGUGUGAUUUCCUUUCUAGCCCUAUGUUAACUGCAGAAAUUGAUGCAUCCCAGAAGUGACUCACGGAAAAAACUAGAACCUGAACCUAUCUUUAUGUUGCUACAUGUAAACAUUUAUUUAAAGAUGGGUAACCUCCUGAGAUGUACCAUCUCGUUUUCAUGGGGGUCCUCCUCGUAUACGGAACAAAAAAGCGACAGAAGGUAGUCAAAAGCAUGUACAAUUAUUGAAAAAUAGAGAUAUGCUUAAAUAAACACAUUAAAUAUUCACCCAAAAAAAAGCAAU